AUGUGUUUGUCUCUGCAUGCAACUCUGGCUGAGUUGUCUUCGCUUACUAGGGGCCCCACCACAGGCUGGGGGGGGGCCCCCUGGGGGCCCCCCGAGGGGGCCCCCGAGGGGGCCCCCGGGGGGCCCCCUGAGGACGAGGAGACAAACCUGCAGCAGUGGCUGCAGGCUGCUGCUGAGCUGGAGGGGCUGGGAACCGCGCAGCAGCAGCAGCAGCAGCAGCAGCAGCAGCAGCAGCAGCAGCAGCGACGGCAGCAGCAGCAGCUGGAAAAGGAGGCAGCUGAAUUGACUCGUGUUGUGAUGCAGGAGGGAGAACUCUUCUACGUGCUGCGUUCUAUCCAGCAGCAGCAGCAGCUGCUGCAGCAGGAGCAGCAACAACAACAGCAGCAGCAGCAGCAGCAGCAACAGCAGCAGCAGCAACAGCAACAGCAACAGCUGCAACAGCAGCAGCAGCAACAGCAACAGCAGCAACAGCAACAGCCGCAGCAACAACAGCAGCAGUUGCAGCAGCAGCAACAGCAACAGCAGCAGCUGCAGCAGCAGCAGCACGAAAAAGGGAGAAGGUGGGGCGCAGCCCUUUCAGCUGCCUUAGCUGCUGCAGCAGAGAUGAGCAGCAACGACAGCUCGGGGGGCCCCCAGGGGGCCCCCAAAGAAGAAGCAAGUGUCUCCGUCUCCUCCUCAAGCCAUCAGGGGGGCUGUCUUGGUUAUAUAGCAGCAGCAGCAGCAGCAGCAGCAGCAGCAGCAACAUCUGCUGCUUCUGCUGCUUGUGCUGCUGCUAUGUGGCCGCUGCGCUGGUGCUGGAGACGACGAUCCCCGACCUGGCUCUCUGGCGGAGACGGCGACGCAGCGAAGGCCCCAGCUCGCCCCACAGAGGCUCUCCUACAGCUGCUGAGGCAGCAGGACGCACCUUCAUGGUUGCUGCAGCAGCAGCAGCAGCAGCAGCAGGAGCAGCAGCAGGAGCAGCAGCAGCAGCUGCUGCUGCACCCGCAAGAUAAGGAGGCUGUGGCAAGACUCCUCUCUGUGGGUACUGCAGCAGCAGCAUUCCUAAUGCCUCACACAGACAGCAGCAGCAGCAGCAGCAGCAGCAACAGCAACGGCAGCAGCAGCAGCAACACAAACGGCAGCAGCAGCGUGGGGUUCUCGAUUGACUGGGACGGACAAGACGAGGCGAUUUACAGCCGUUUGCUGCAGCUGAAGUUGCUGCUGCAGCAGCAGCAGCAGCAGGAGCAGCAGCAGCAGCAGCAGCAGAACCCCGAAGCAAAAUACACAGAAGGGGGGCCCCCAUCGCCAGUAGCCGGGGGGGGGCCCCCCAUCGGUAGCGCCCAGUGGGCCCGCUCCAUAGUGCAGCAGUAUGUCUUUCUGCUGCAGCAGCAGCAGGAACAGGAGGAGCAGCAGCAGCUGCAGGAGCAGCAGCAGCAGCAGCAGCAGCAGCAGAAGGCGCAAUUUGCGGGGUUAUUCCCGCUGCCUCCUCCCGCUGUCUUUGCUGAUCGUUUGCUGCUGUUUUCUCACCUUGUUGCUGCUCCUGCUGCUGCUGCAGCAACAGAUGCAGAUGAAGCUGAUGCUGCUGCUGAUGCUGAUGGAGAUAGCAGCAGCAGCAGCAGCACCAUUAGCGGCGUUGCUGCUGCCCUUUGUAUCCCCAUAGAUUUGGCCGAGGCCCGCCUGCAGCAGCUGCUGCGCCGCAUUGUCUCCUCUCUUGCUGCUCGUGUUUUCCUGCUGCUAACCCCGCAGCAGCAGCAGCAGCAGCAGGAGCAGCAGCAGCAGGAGCAGCAGCAGGAGCAGGAGCAGCAGCAGGUGUUGCGGGAGGGAGCUGCUGCUCUGCAUGCAGCAGCAGCAGCAAUAGGAGUGAAGCAAAGUGAUAUAAAAGAAGUUGCUGCUGCUGCUCUCCCGCUGCUGCAACGGCGUUUAGUUUCUCUCGUGGCGCUGCAGCAGCCUGCAUCUGUCUCUUUGCUGCAGCAGCAGCUGCAUGUCUCCUUGCUGCAGGGUACAGCAGCAGCAGCAGCAGAAGAAGGAGAACGUUUGCUGCUGCUGCAGCAGCAGCAGCAAGAGGGGGCAAUUAAAACCAUGCUAUCAACACUAAGACGAGUUGUUGCAGCAGCAACUGCUGCUGCUGCUGCUCUUGUUGGUCCUGCUGCUGCUGCAGCAGCACCCAAACAAAUCGGUGUCUUAGCAGCAGCAACAUUUCUCCCUAACUUCAUUUCCCUUGCGCUGCAGCAGUUUGUUGCUGCUCACCCGCUGCGUGCACGCGCACUGCAGCAGCAGCAGCAGCAGCAGCAGCAACCAGAGGCCCCCAACCCCCCGCUGGAGGCCCCCCAGGCGACCAAACAAGCCGGGGCCCCCCCAGCAGCAGCAGAGACUGCAGCAGCAGCAGCAGCAGCAGGAGCAGCAGCAGCAUCAGGCAAAGCAGCCGCAGCAGCAACAACAACAGCAGCAGCAGCAGCAGCAGCAGGAGAUGGUGAUUCGGAUUUGUUUUUAUUAUAUAUAGAGGAGACAAGAAAGCUGCUGUGUCUGUCGCUGCAGCAGUUUGUCUCCGUGCUGCAGCUGGGCCUCAGCAGAGCAGCAGCAGCACUGCGGCGAUUCAUAGAAAUGUUUGCUGCUAUGCAAAACAAAAACAAAUGCAUGCAGGCAGCACAGCAUAUGCUGCUCCUCGAUCAUCCGUUCGUGAGUGCAGCAGCAACAGAAGCAGCAGCAACAGCAGCAAGAACAGCAGCACCAACUGCAGCAGCAGCAGCAGCAGCAACUGCAGCAGCAGAAGAUGAAGGAGACGAAGGUGAAGACACCCCAUACCACAGCAGGCUGUCUGCGGAGGCGGGGGAAUACGUGCUGCAGCAGCUGCUGCUGCUGCAGCAGCAGCAGCAGCAAGAUUGCUCCUCUGCUGCUGCUGCUGCUGCUGCUGCAGCAGCAACAGCAGCAACAGCAGAACGAUGGAGACAGUUGAAUCGCAUCGACCUGAUACAAAAGGAGGCACUCAAACGCUCGCUGCUGCAGCAGGCGCUGCAGGCUGGAGCAGCAGCAGCUGUCUAUGCAGUGCAGGGGCCCCACAGCAGCAAAGAGGAGAAACAGAAGAAGCAGCAGCAGCCCCAUAAACCCCUCAGUGCAUUCUACCGCCGGGGGUUGCUGCGACUACAGCAACAGCUGCGACAGCUGCAGCAGCAACAGCAGCAGCAGCAGAAACAGCAGCAGCAGCAGCAACAGCAGCAGCAGCAGCAACAGCAGCAGCAGCAGCAACAGCAGCAGCAGCAGCAACAGCAGCAAGGAAACAUAGCAGCAGCAGAUACACUUGCGCUGCAAGUUAGAGACGAGUUGCUGCUGCCUACAGCAGCAAGUGUGGGUGUUGAGGAUGCAUGCGCUGCUGUUUCAGCAGCAGUUGGGGUGUAUAGGCAGGUGUUUGAAGAGGAGACAGAUGCUGCUGCAGCAGCACAAACAGCAGCAGCAGCAGAAACACGCAGGCUGCUGCUGCAGGCCUGGCGCGUCGCGCUAGGCCUCACAGCAGCAGAUGUCUCCCACAUGCAUGCAGAAGCUUAUAGAGAGUGGAUGCUGCGGGUGACCCGGGAGGCGAUUGGCCCCGAAGGCAAGUGGACGCCGCAGGCUGCCAGCACUGUUGCUGCUGCAGCAGCAAAAGUAGACCUCGCACAGGCGGAGACAGAGGAAAUAAUAAAAGAGGCCUUCAGCUCUUUUGCUGUUGACGUGCUGCUGCCUCGCUUGCUGCAGGCAGCAACAGAAAAGCAGCGCAGCGAACAGACACACAACAGCAGCAGCAGCAGCAGCAGCAGCAGCAGCAGCAGCAGCAGCAGCAGCAGUUCUCUCCCUGAUGCUAUGAAGGCUGUAAUAAAAGAGGAUACAGCAACUGUAGAGGCCCGUGAGCGUUUGGGGGGCCCCACACAAAGCCCCAAUGAGGUCCCCUGGGUGCGCAUGCAUCGCGCAUGCAAACAGCAGCAAGAGGGGCUGACGCUGCUGCAGUCGUGGCUUGCUGCUAACCCUGUAGCAGACAGGGGGCCCCCAGCAGCAGAGAAGGAUACCACGGGGGCCCCCAGCAGGGAUCUCUCGCUUGUUGGGGCCCCCCAGCAACCACAGCAGCAGCAGCAGCACCAGUCGGCUGCAAAAGACGGUGCUGCAGCGCCUGCUGCUGCUGCUGCUGCUGCGGGGCCCCAGGGCACAGGAGACCCCUCGCUGCAGCUGCUGCAGACACUGGAGGCCCUCUCCCGCUUUGCUGCUGAACACAAGCUGCUGCGCUUUCCCCUCAAAGACAGCAGAACAGGCAGCAGCAGCAGCAGCAGCAGCAGCAGCAGCAAGUUGAAGCUGCUAGAGGAGCGACAUAAGACAGGGAUAAAUGCAACAGCAAAAGCAGCAGCAGCAGCAGCAAAAGCAGCAGCAGCAGCAGCAGGACCCAAUCUCCUCUCCCUGCUGCAAACCCUCCCCAACGCAGAGCCAGUAGAGGCAUUCGUCAGGGCCUUCGAACGAGGCACAGGGCCCCCAUCGGGCCUCAUCCAAAUAGCCCUUGAGGAGGCAAUGCAUGCGGGCUUGAUGGGUUUGGGGGCCCCCCAGGGGGCCCCCCUGGGGGCCCCCCCUGGGGGCCCCUUGGGGGUCCCCCAAGGGGGGGCCCCAGGGGCCCCCCUGGCGGAGAGGAGGGCCCCCAGUGCAGCAUCUGUGGCUGCUGGUUUGUUUGUAGUGCAGCAGUUGGUGGUGUCAGCAGCAGCAGCAGCAGCAAAUAUUGCUGCUGAUGAAGCAGCAGCAGCGGGAGGUUUAUUGAGUAUGAGAGGAGACAGCAGCCCGCUAGCAGAGGAGACACUGCUGCAGCAAGCUGUCUCCACUUCUCUUACACAGAUAGCCAAGGCCCAGGGAAAAACUCUUAUAGAUCUGGCGUUGCAGCUGCUUUACAAGGUUGUGCUUCGUGAAGUGCGGCUAAGGGCCUCACGAGCAGAAGCAGCAGCAGAAGCAGCAGCAGCAGAGACCAGCGGCAGGGAGCCCCCCCCACUUGCUGCUUGGGCCCCCAGUAGGGGUCUUGCUGCUGCUGCUGCUGCUCUGGGGGUUAGGGACUGGCGCCGCUCUAUACACGCAGAGCCGCAGCAGCAAUCCGAGUUGUUUCAGUAA